AUGGACACCAAGGAAAUCCUAGCAGUCCACUCAACACUCCAUCUGAUCUUUCAUCGCAACAAGAAUCAGCAUCGCCGAACAAAAUGGUGGAAAUGGCUAUCCAUUUUGAAGCGCGCCACCUUGGAUCUCGCCCGAUCGGGGGUCAAAUCCCACCUAGCCACCUACAUAAUCCCAAGAUGUUACAUGUAUGAAAGUGGUCCUAUUGUUUUGCCGAACGACCUGGCUAAUUGUUUCCCUAGCGCUUUCUCAACUGUCGUUGCCGAUAAUCAGUUUUCCACUCUUGGAAUCGUGCUUCUAGCUGCGUUGGCCCGACUGUCCAAAAUCACCGGGAUCAGUCAUCAGCUGAAGGUGCAACCUGUGGUAACCAAGUCUAAGACUACUCCUAUUGUCGCAAAGGAAGAUCUUGGGGAACGUAUUCGUCGGGUUGACGAUGCGCCACUCACCCGCCCAGUCAAGGUUUUACAGUCUGAUGCCAAGGCCCCUUCCAAAGUCCCCUCAAAGGUCACCAAGGAGAAGAAGCCCACAGAAAACCUUACCGAGGACGGUGUCUCAAACAUUACAUUGAAAAAGAAAAAGAAGAAGAAGAACGCUAUCGAUGAUUUGUUCAGCGGUUUAUUUUGA